UACGUGGGUGACUGUAUCGAGUAAGGAUUUUUUGGCCGACGCGAGCGGAAUUCCGCUGGUUUCUCGAGUUUUUGAGGAGGUCGAUUCGGUGGGCUUUGGGUUCUUGCUCCUCCCGGCGUUUUGCUUCUCGUCGGCUUUCGAUCGUUUGCCCACUUGUCAAUCUCUGGUUUCCUUUUUCUUGUCUUCCUCCAAUCCUGCAACAGUCGUGCCUUCAGGAUAGGUCGAAGAUCGUAAUGGGAAAGCUCGGGCAUUGGUUUCGGCAAAUUAAAAUGGUGAUGAUCAUGUUCAUUGGCAUUUGUAGGGGGGAAAUGGGGGGUAUUUUCUUUUGUCAGGAAAUUCGGAGAACUGGGAGUGAGGCGAAAUGGUGGGUUUUGAUUCUGGGAUGUGUGUAGUGUUCUUCUUCCAACAUAAUCGACUAGCUCCGAAUUCUCUCCUUUUGGGGACGUGCUUCUCUACUUUUUCUUUACAAGUUUUCGGUUUAUCAUGUGGGAAUAAGUAUUUCGCUAUUUAGAAGCCAAUCUUCGAUUUGCCUAAGUGAAGCUGGAAAUAUGUUUGAAAGAGAACCUGCCUCAUCUAAUUUUGCAAAACAGUAGUAGUGUCAUUUGUCCCUUUUUUUUAUUUUUUUUUAUUUAGAAAGAGAUGUAUAGGAGCUCAUCAUUGUAAUUGAGAAUUGCAAAAUGGGCUUAUUGUCCAUUUUUGCCCAUACUAAAUGGAGAAAUCCACUCCGACCACAAAAAAAAAAAAAAACGAAAGAGAAUUCUACCCCAACUGCUGCUGGAUGCUCGCUGCAGAACCAUUGGAUGAACAUGAGAUAGCCCUGAGCAUGCGCAAUUUCAACUGGGCUUGACUGCAUUUCUAAGUAAUGACUUCCUGUCUGAGCUGAGUACAGUGCUCUCAUACCAGAUUCCAUAUAUCAGACAAGGAACCAUUGUACCGAAGAAUAGCAUAUUCUUGAAGUUUAUUGUUUAAAGUCAUGGACAUUGAUCUCAGGCUACCUUCCGGUGGACAUGAGAAGGAAGAAGGAGAGCCGCAUGGUAUUGACAGCAUGCUGAAUGGCGAUGAAAAAUUGCAAAAUGGCGAUAUAGUAACUACAACUCUGGCAGAUCUUGGAGAUGUGUCCCAUGCUCCAGAUGGAGGUGUUUUGAAUCCCCCCACAGCAGAUAUGAUGGAGGUGAAAGAGUAUAUGAACCUUGAACCGCUUUCAGGUAUGGAGUUUGAAUCGCAUGGAGAAGCCUAUUCUUUUUAUCAGGAGUACGCUCGGUCUAUGGGUUUCAACACUGCAAUACAAAACAGCCGUCGUUCGAAAACGUCUAGAGAAUUUAUUGAUGCAAAAUUCGCGUGUUCUAGAUAUGGGACAAAAAGAGAAUAUGAAAAGUCUUUUAAUCGGCCUCGGGCCCGCCAAAGCAAGCAAGAUCCAGAAAAUGCAACUGGUCGACGAGCUUGUGCUAAGACGGAUUGCAAAGCAAGUAUGCACGUGAAGAGAAGGUCGGACGGAAAAUGGGUUAUACAUAGCUUUGUUAAGGAGCAUAACCAUGAACUUUUACCAGCCCAAGCUAUCAGCGAACAGACGAGAAAGAUGUAUGCUGCAAUGGCUAGACAGUUUGCUGAAUAUAAAAAUGUGGUUGGUCAGAAGAAUGACAUGAAAAAUCCCUUCGAGAAAGGUCGUAAUUUUCUAUUAGAAGCUGGAGAUGCAAGGAUCUUGCUCGAGUUUUUCUCACAGAUGCAAUGCUCAAAUUCAAAUUUCUUUCAUGCGGUGGACCUGGCUGAUGAUCAGCGCGUGAGAAGUUUGCUUUGGGUUGAUGCGAAGAGUAGGCAUGACUACAGUAGUUUCAAUGACGUAAUCUCCUUCGAUACGAGUUACAUUAGAAGCAAGUACAAGAUGCCUCUUGCCUUAUUUGUUGGUGUGAACCAGCACUAUCAGUUCAUGUUGCUUGGUUGUGCAUUAUUGUCGGAUGAAAGUGCUGCUACAUACUCUUGGCUCAUGCAAACUUGGUUGAAAGCCGUUGGUGGUCAGCAUCCGAAAGUAAUAAUCACCGAUCAAGACACAACCAUUAAAACAGUCAUUUCAGACGUUUUCCCUAAUGCUCGUCAUUGCUUCUGUUUGUGGCAAAUAUGGGGGAAACUUUCUGAAAAUCUCGGUCAUGUGAUAAAAAGGCAUGAUAAUUUUAUGGCGAAAUUUGAAAAAUGUGUCAAUAGGUCUUGGACAGAGGUAGAAUUCGAGAAAAGGUGGUCUAAGAUUAUAACCAGAUGUGAAUUAAGAGACGACGAAUGGAUGCGCUCAUUGUAUGAGGAUCGCAGGCAUUGGGUGCCUACCUUUCUGAAGGAUGCUUUCUUUGCUGGAAUGUGUAGCAUUCAGCGAGCUGAUAGUGUAAAUGCCUUCUUUGAUAAGUAUGUGCAUAAGAAGACCACCGUGCAAGAGUUUGUGAAACAGUAUGAAGCAAUUCUGCAAGAUAGGUAUGAAGAGGAAAGCAAAGGAGAGUCUGAUACAUGGAGUAAGCAACCUGUACUGAAAUCUCCAUCUCCGUUUGAGAAGAGUGUUUCGGGAUCAUACACACAUGCGGUUCUUAAGAAGUUUCAAGUUGAGGUUCUGGGUGCAGUUGCUUGUCGUCCCAAAGAGGAAAGACAAGAUGAGACUGGCAUGACUUUCAGAGUUCAAGAUUUUGAGAAGGACCAAGAGUUCAUUGUCAUGUGGAACGAGAUGAAGUCAGAAAUUUCUUGUAUAUGCAGGUUGUUUGAGUCCAAGGGUUAUCUGUGUCGACAUGCGCUGAUUGUUCUACAAAUGCGUGGUCUUUCUGCAAUUCCAUCUUUUUAUAUUUUGAGGAGAUGGACCAAAGAUGCAAGGAACAGGCUUUUGAUGACAGAGGAAUCUGAACAGGUUCAAUCGAGAGUACAGAGGUACAAUGAUUUAUGCCAGCGGGCAAUGAGAUUGAGUGAAGAGGGAUCGAUGUCCCAGGAGGCUUACAGUCUAGCAUUCCAUGCAAUUGAGGAAGCUUUUGGAAACUGCAUUAAUCAAAACACUAUUAGUAAGAGUCUUGCUGAAGCUGGGACAUCAGCAACUCAUGGUCUAUUGUGUGCAGAAGAUGACAACCAAGGCAGAGGAACGAGCAAAACAAAUAAAAAGAAGAACCCGACCAAGAAAAGAAAGGUGACCUCUGAGCCAGAUAUAAUGACAAUUGGGACACAAGAAAGCUUGCAGCAAAUGGAGAAACUAAACUCAAGAGCAGUGACCCUUGAUAGCUACUAUGGCACUCAGCAGAGCGUUCCAGGAAUGGUACAACUUAAUUUAAUGGCACCUACUCGUGAUAAUUACUAUGGGAGUCAGCAGACGAUUCAAGGGCUGGGGCAACUCAACUCAAUAGCACCAAGUCAUGAUGGAUACUACACUCCUCAGCAGAGCAUGCAUGGGCUGGGACAGAUGGACUUCUUCAGAUCCCCAGGCGGUUUUACUUAUAGUAUCCGGGAUGAUUCCAAUGUCAGAGCAGCGCAGUUGCAUGAGGAUGCAUCGAGACAUGCUUAACAUCUAUUAGAUAACAGAGGAAACAGAAGCUGUAGUCCGCCAAAGGGCGGCAGGUGAACUUAUAUCUCAAAUGGAAGUAAUACAUAAGUCUCCAAUUGUAGUGUUUGUAAGAUAGCAGAUAGGCUAAUGAUUUUCAUCACCAUAGAUCGGCUGUUGUAUUAUUUAUGGAAUCCUGAGGAAAGUCGAGAUAUGCUGAGGUAGGGUCAUCGUCAGUUGUACAGGCUGUUGUUCUUGUGUAUCUUGGAUUGUAUCCAGGUAAAAUAGAUAGGAUUUCUUGAGAAUCAGUCAGUAAAUUCUCCAUUUGUUCAGUCUCAUCUAUAUUGUCAAAGUUUGCCAGCA